CUGCCACCAAACACCAAACACAGCCUUCCCACUGGGAACGGACUCUUGCCAGCGGGAAGAUCCUGAAAGGGAGCUUUGGAUCUCAGACCGAGAUCAGCCAGAGAGAAGAAAAGGAACGUUGGCAUCGUGCUCCUCAACACAACCCUACAAAAAUGCCUCCUCAGCUGCAAAACGGCCUCAACUUCUCUGCCAAAGUCAUCCAGGGCACCCUCGACAGCCUGCCCCAGGCAGUGAGAGAGUUUGUGGAGCAAAACGCCAGGUUGUGCCAGCCUGAUCACAUCCACAUCUGCGAUGGCUCCGAGGAGGAGAACCGGCAGCUGCUGCACCAAAUGGAGGAACAGGGGACCAUCAAGAGGCUGAAGAAGUAUGACAACUGCUGGUUGGCUCUCACUGACCCCAGGGAUGUGGCCAGAAUUGAAAGCAAGACGGUCAUCAUUACCCAAGAGCAGAGAGAUACGGUGCCCAUCUCCAAAAAUGGCCAAAGCCAACUGGGUCGCUGGAUGUCCGAGGGGGACUUUGAGAAAGCGUUCAAUGCCCGAUUUCCAGGGUGCAUGAAAGGUCGCACCAUGUACGUCAUCCCAUUCAGCAUGGGGCCCCUGGGUUCGCCUCUGGCCAAGAUUGGCAUCGAGCUGUCGGAUUCGCCCUACGUGGUGGCCAGCAUGCGCAUCAUGACGCGAAUGGGCACACCCGUCCUGGAAGCGCUGGGGGACGGGGAGUUCAUCAAGUGCCUCCAUUCCGUGGGCUGCCCUUUGCCUUUAAAAAAGCCUUUGGUUAACAACUGGGCCUGUAACCCGGAGCUGACACUCAUCGCCCACCUGCCCGACCGCAGAGAAAUCAUCUCCUUCGGGAGUGGGUACGGCGGGAACUCGCUCCUUGGGAAGAAGUGCUUUGCCCUCCGGAUUGCCAGCCGCCUGGCCAAGGAGGAGGGGUGGCUGGCAGAGCACAUGCUGAUCCUGGGCAUCACCAACCCCGAGGGUCAGAAGAAGUACUUCGCGGCGGCGUUCCCCAGCGCCUGCGGGAAGACCAACCUGGCCAUGAUGAACCCCACCCUCCCGGGGUGGAAGGUAGAGUGUGUGGGGGACGACAUCGCCUGGAUGAAAUUCGACCAACAAGGUAACUUAAGGGCUAUCAACCCAGAAAAUGGAUUUUUUGGUGUCGCUCCUGGAACCUCUGUAAAGACAAACCCCAACGCCAUCAAGACCAUCCAGAAGAACACCAUCUUCACCAACGUGGCUGAGACCAGUGACGGCGGCAUUUACUGGGAAGGCAUCGACCAGCCGCUGGCCUCGGGCAUCAAGCUCACGUCCUGGAAGAAUAAGGAGUGGGCCCCCGAGGACGGGGAACCUUGUGCCCACCCCAACUCGCGGUUCUGCACCCCUGCCAGCCAGUGCCCCAUCAUGGACCCUGCCUGGGAGGCUCCAGAAGGCGUGCCCAUCGAAGGCAUCAUCUUUGGAGGGCGCCGGCAAAGUCAUCAUGCAUGACCCCUUCGCCAUGCGGCCUUUCUUUGGCUACAACUUCGGCAAAUACCUGGCCCACUGGCUCAGCAUGGCCCAGCGCCCAGCGGCCAAGCUGCCUAAGAUCUUCCAUGUCAAUUGGUUCCGGAAGGACAAGGAAGGCAAAUUCCUCUGGCCGGGCUUCGGCGAGAACUCCAGGGUGCUGGAGUGGAUGUUCAACCGGAUCGACGGGAAUGGUGGCGCCAAGCUCACGGCCAUCGGCUACAUCCCUGAGGAGGGGGCCCUGAAUCUGAAAGGCCUGGGCGACAUCAAUAUGAAGGAGCUCUUUGAUAUCUCCAAGGAGUUCUGGGAGAAGGAGGCAGAAGACAUCCAGACGUACCUGGAGGAGCAAGUGAACGCCGACCUCCCCUACGAAAUCGAGAGAGAGGUCUUGGCUCUGAAGCAGAGAGUCAGCCAGAUGUAAUCAUUAGACCCGGAGCGUCACCCUUCAAAUCACCCCAUUUCCAAUCUGUGCGGUGUACUGGGUGCAAGAGAGAGUCGAGUUUCCUGAGCUGACACCACCUGCAGCCCCGCGAUGACCACACCACGAGCAGAUCUGAACAACACGCUUUAAUUGUUAGAUUAGACCCCAGAGUACAGGCUAGUUACUAACAAGGUGGGGAAGGGAAAUCUCAGCAUGUUUCCAAAAUUCACGAUCCAAUGCACAUUUGUUCAAUCUUAAGAACACUCAGGUAUUUAGUCUUUUUGUUGUUUUUUUUCACUUUAGCUAUAUCGGUUAGCUAGACUACACAGAAAAAAAAUACUUGAGCUGUAAAUACGAGUGUGUGUGUAUGUGUGUGUGGUGCAUUUGUGCACGUGUGUUUAUGUACUGUUAUCUAAAACCUAUUUAAUAGCUUCAGAAAAAUCUUGGGCAAGAUGACCUAUUAGUUGUUGCUAGAAAGAAAUGUUGCCGUUACUAUUAAUAUGUGUGUUUAAAUUAUUUUUAUAUACCAUUGUUCCUUACCUUCACAUGAUUUCAAUAUUUUCCCCCUUACCACUUCUUGGAAAAUCACAAAAUAAACUUUUAUAGAAAAGA